CCGGCCCCGCGCCGCGCCCGCCCCGCGCCCAUUUAUCUCAGACUAAAGCCUCCACAUAUCAAGGAUGUUGAUUCUUCUGGCUUUCAUUAUUGUGUUUCACAUAACCUCAGCAGCACUGCUGUUCAUCUCAACUAUUGACAAUGCCUGGUGGGUAGGAGAUAAUUUUUCUACAGAUGUCUGGAGAAUGUGUGCCACGAAUACUACCACCUGUAUGGCUAUUACUGAUCAGUUCAGAGAAUAUCAGUCAGUCCAGGCUGUUCAGGCCACCAUGAUCCUAUCUACUAUUUUCUGUUGUGUGGCAUUUCUGGUUUUCAUUCUUCAACUCUUCCGUCUAAAGCAAGGAGAAAGAUUUGUGUUAACCUCUAUUAUCCAGCUCCUGUCAUGUCUGUGUGUUAUGAUUGCAGCUUCCAUUUAUACAGAUAGGCAUGAAGAACUACACAAGAGCAAUGAAUAUAGCAUUGAAGUUUCUAAAGGCCAAUACGGCUAUUCCUUCGUCUUAGCCUGGAUUGCAUUUGCCUUUACUCUGAUCAGUGGUGUUAUGUACCUAGUAUUAAGGAAGCGUAAAUAAAUGUCAGCAGCUAGUUAUUUCUGUCACUACAGUACAAAACCAAAUUCCAGUAACCAUUUUGUAUAUAAUCAUUUACAUGGUUUUGUAGUAAAGGUAUUGUUUCUCUAAAAAUGUACUGUGUUCUUGAUAUGAAACAGAAUAAAAAAAAUGGCAGGUUUAAUGGAACGCCUGGCACCUACAGGUCAGGGGGCUGAGCAAGACAGAGCCAAGUUGUUUCUUUUAUGUAUUUCAUCAUCAUAAAUGGUUUUCCCUUUACUAGACAUUAACAGUUUGUUCCUGGCCGCUAGUAGAUGACAAAUAAAGCCCGUGCAAAUUAAUUUGUAAGCAAUAUGCUAACUAUAUUCCUGGACCAGAUGUAUCCCUUUGGGAUGGGAUAAAUAUAGGGGGAGUAAAAAAUGAGGCCCAGAUCACAGUGAAAAAGUGAACAAUUAUAAAAGCGCAAAGCUGCACUCGGCACGUCUGUUCUGGCAGAGGACUAGUGUUCUGCUAUUUAUAAUGUGCAGUAAGUGUCAUCAAGCUUUUAUUAAAACCACUUGCUUUGCAGAAGUAAACAACUCUUUUUUGUACUCCAGCAAAUUAUUCUCUUCUCUUUCACAUUUAAUUUAAGCAUACAGAGCCUUUGGCGGGAGAAUUUACCAGCAAAUUCACCACACAACUUGGGACCGGAAUAGUCUGAGCAGUAAGAAAUACCCCACUUGAGUCCUAUAUCCCUUUUUUUUUUUGCAUUGUGCAUAGUCUUUCUGGAAGGAAGAAAAGGGAAAAGAAAGCAUUACCUUGCCUACAUCUGCAAAUUUCGAAGCAAAUUAGUGAUGAAGCAAUGCCAAAUUUAGGUUUUUACAGCCAAACUCAACAUGUUUAUUACACUGGGCUUUUAUUAUAUAGUGAUUUCAUGGCUGAUACAUCAUUUCCAAAAGCAUUCCCCACGUCUGCCCAUUAGGAUAUUGGCCUUUAAAAAAUUAAUUCGAAAUUCCUUUGUGGAUUUUACUUGAGCUAAACACUCCUACUAAAUAAAUCAGAGUGCGGUUACUAUGCUUAUGAAUUCCAGGAUAGUUUUUCAAGAUAAAAUGACUUGGUGAUUUUUAUUUUUCAAUAAUUUUGUGAGAUAAAUCUGUACUGUAAUACCAGGCUUAACUGCUCAGCAGUGUAAUACUGGCUUUGGCUGAUGGUGAUUUCAGUUGGGAGAUGAGUGUGGAGAAUGAAUGAAGUGGCUUUUUCUGGUUAGUCACAGCUUUGAUGCUUAAAUAUAGAUUUGACUUUGUAAAAGCACUAACUAUGUAUUUAUUUCAGUAUAUUCACUACGGCUGGCCCAAUACAUAGGCAAUAAAAAAGUAAAUAGUUUUUGAAUGAGGUCUUACACUUAAUGUAGAACAAAUUCAUUAUUACAAAGUGGCGUAGCUCUCCUGAAGUCAAUACUUACUGCAUUAUACAUCAGCUGAUGGUCUGACGCAUUCCUUCAGAUAAUUCAUCCUUGAUUUCUCACAAAGUAAAAGUUCAGAUGCGUAACUGUACAGGAGCUGUCUCCAACAUGAGUAAUAGGUCGUAUUACAUCCUAAAAUGCUUGCUAUGUACUACUUGCCUUUUGGGAGCAAAGAAAGCCCAGGAAGACUCUUAAGAAAUUAGACAAGUAAGCAGGACAACACAUUAGAAGUAAUAGUAAAAAACCCAAAUCCGUCUGAGCAAAAUGCAUUCUCACCAGUCUAGCAUGAUGCUAGUAUUUUGUCAUUUUUUUUCUCUUAGUGGGAAUGCUCUGAAUUUGAAGAAUUAUUACCCUAUUUUUUAAAAAAGUGUUUCUACAGUUUGCUGAACACACUUCAGAUUCAAAACCUGAUUUUGCUAGCAAGCAAAAUUUGUCUUAAAUAAGCAGAUGCAGGUUUAAGGUUGAAAGCAGAUAGACUAUUAGCUAGGCAUUUUGCUAGUUUCAUUCAAACGUGAAAUAGUAAGGGAAAUUCUUAAGCAAAUAUGGAUUUAAACUAUCUUAUAUCUAGAAGACAGUCCUGUAAAAUUGUAAGUUAAGUUGUUAUGCCACUGACUUGAAGAGAUGCUUCUUCAGUUUCUUGCCUUGGUAAUGCUUGGGUCAUUUACGACCAAAUAUUUAAAAUAAAGAUGUAUAUAUACAUGAACACACAGCUUAAUUCCACAGUAAAAGAUCUGUCCCUUUAAUUAAAAGUGAAAAGCACGCACACCACAGUGUACAAAUGGCAGCAUGUGCAUGAUGCCACAUAAACUAGAACAGAUGGGAAUGUUCUCCAUACCAGAAAACGAAUGCCAAAACAGUUUGAACUAGAGUUUUAACAGGACAAACAUAUUCUACGAUAUUCUUUCUACCUGAAAUGCCUUUAGAAUAUACCAUUUUCUAUGCUCUAUAUAUUCUGAAACUGUACCUGAAAAUAAAGUUAAAACAAAUUCUUGUACUGUAAUAACAAGCUCGAUACAUUUAGCAAUCUGACUUUGUCUUUAAGCUUGAGAUAUAUUUACACAAUGUUGGAUGAGAAAUAGUUGAGUAUUUGUGUGAACAGGUAAAAUUAAAUUCUUCCUGCCUGUACGAGAACCACAAGCUGGUUAUUUUUGUCCUUUGUUGAAGACCUUCCAGGGUAUGCAGACAAAAUAUUAGUGUAUUGAGCAUUUAAGUGUAUGGUGUCAAAAGAAUAGCUACUGAG